AUAAUGAAUACUAUCAAAGCUGUUAAAAAUGCCAUAGUCUGCCUGGUGCUGCUGCCCCGGUUCCUGGUGGCAGCGGUCAUGUUCUGGCUGCUGGACUUCAUCUGCAUCAGGAAGAGGGUCUUCUUCAGGAUGCAGGAGCAGGAGGGCGAUGCCAUCGAUCCUCCUCUCUGCAUAUCCGACUCCAAUCGCCUGUUCAGCCUGGAGUCCCUGAAAGCGGUGUGGCACGGGCACAAGCUGGACUUCCUGAAGGCGGCUCACCUCGGGCACGGUGCACCCAACACCGAGGUGGUCCAGCUGCAGGAUCAGAAGCGCAGCCGGAUCCUGGACUACGUGAAGGACCAGAGACCCCUCAUCCUCAACUUUGGCAGCUGCACCUGACCCCCGUUCAUGGCGCGGCUCAAGGCGUUCCAGGGGGUCGUGCAGCAGAACGCGGACAUCGCAGACUCUGUGGUGGUGUACAUUGAGGAAGCGCAUCCCUCCGACGGCUGGAUGAGCACGGACGCGCCCUAUCAGAUCCCCCGGCACCGGUGCCUGGAGGACCGGCUGCAGGCGGCGGGGCUCAUGCGCCUGGAGGUGCCCGGCUGCCCGCUGGUGGUCGACAGCAUGGAGAACUCUUCCAACGCCGCGUACGGAGCUUAUUUCGACAGACUUUAUAUUCUCCAGGAGGGAAAGAUAGUUUACCAGGGCGGCAGAGGACCCGAGGGCUACCGGAUCUCCGAGCUCCGGGACUGGCUGGAUCAAUACCGAGGGAGGCUGGGGCAAUCCAGUAAUCUAGUUAUCCAUGUGUAG